UGACGCUGGUGGUCAGUCAGGAGCUACAGCGAUGGGCCACAGUCGAUAUUUAUCCCAAACAAAUCAAACUAACGCCCGGGCCGAGCCGUUAGUGAUGGAUAAACCAUAGUUCCGGUGGUUUAUCCGGGUUUACGGUGUAUUUGUCGGUAGUUUAUGAAGCGAACGCGGUAGAGUUUAGCUAACUUAGCUGAAUUGUUCUUCCAGAGGUAGGAAGUUUGCGGUGGCGGAGGAAACAUUAGAGGAAACCGGGGAGGGCCGAACUAUCCCGUCAUGGAGGACUCCGGGUCGGCGGCCCUGGAGAAGAAUGUCGCUGACCUCACGGUGAUGGACGUGUACGACAUCGCCGCGGUGGUGGGGCAGGAGUUUGAGCGGAUCAUUGACCAGUACGGCUGCGAGGCUCUAUCCAGGCUCAUGCCCAAAGUGGUCCGGGUCCUGGAGAUCCUGGAGGUGAUGGUGAGCCGCAACAGCAUCGGGCCGGAGACCGAGGAGCUGCGGCUGGAGCUGGACAAGCUGCGGCUGGAGCGGAUAGACCGGCUGGAGAAGGAGAAGAAGCACAGAAAGGAGCUGGAGCUGGUGGAGGACGUGUGGAGAGGAGAAGCUCAGGACCUCCUCACCCAGAUCGCUCAGCUGCAGGAGGAGAACAAGUCCCUCCUCACCAACAUGUCCAACAAAGACCCCCUGAGUGAGGAGGACCUGCAGAGGCACGAGGGUAUGACAGAGAGAGAGAGGCAGGUGAUGAAGAGGCUUAAAGAAGUGGUGGACAAGCAGAGAGACGAGAUUCGAGCCAAGGACCGAGAGCUCACACUGAAAAACGAGGACAUAGAAGCACUCCAGCAGCAGCAGUCUCGCCUCAUGAAAAUCAAUCACGACCUGCGCCACAAAAUCUCCGUGGUGGAGGCUCAAGGGAAAGCACUGAUUGAACAGAAGGUGGAACUGGAGGCCGGGGCUCAGGCACGGGGGCAGGAAGUCAGUGCCCUCCGGCAGGAAGUCGCACGCUUAAAGGAACGACUUCAAGGAGACCUGCCCGCCCAGAACCCUGAGGAACCCCCACCUCAGCCCCCGUCACCUGCAGAGCGUGGUAAAGCUGCUACAGUGGUGUUGGGGGCUGAGGGCUGGUCAGACACACCUGACCCCUCUGAGCUGAUGUUGGGUGGGUUUGACCCUCCCCCGCCACACCCCCUGCCCGGUUCCCUCAGCCCAGAGGGACACGAGGACGGGGAUGAGGAGGACGAGGCGGUGUUGCUUUGGGAGGCGAUGUGCGAUGAGGACAUGCCUGCUGUGUUCCAAUAUUUUACAAAGGAGGCGCUGUGCGAGGAGGAGGCAGGAAGCCUGGAUCCAAAGGACCCCAACCGGCCCCGGUUCACCCUGCAGGAGCUGAGGGAUGUCCUCCACGAGAGGAACGAGCUCAAGGCCAAAGUCUUCCUGCUGCAGGAGGAGCUGGCCUACUACAAAAGUGAUGAGAUAGAAGAUGAGAUCGUUAGUCCUUCUCCGUCUCCGUCACCUGAGCUGAGGACUCGCUCCCGUUCUUCUGCCCAGCCAGAGUCAGGAAUCAAGCGCCUGAUCUUCACAGCCAUUAUGCCGAUGGUGGCGGCUGGUUUGAUCCCAGAUGACCCCACUUUACAGCCAAUCAGACGUCUCGUAUCGCUUGUAUGA